GUGCCAUAAACACCUGGAAGGGAAGUUGGUUUUUUUGAAACAUUUAGUACAAUAUUUGUAUCUCCAACGUAGGAAAAAAGCAGUUUUAUGACUUCCGCAUGGGCUCCAUUUUACCCAGAGAUGCAAAAACAUUAUAUCGAUGCCUCCAGACACGCUAAGAGGUCUUCAAGGUACUACGCUGAAAACACCAGAUCAUACAUGUCACUAGCAACCUCAAUACAUUCAAAACCCUGACAACGUGUCUGACGUUAAAUAUUUUUAAAGGAAAAAUCAUCGAAGCAAUGUUCCUUUGAUACGCAUGAGUAAUACCCAGUCUGGGUCAGUGGCUUUGGUGUGAUAACGUGCCGUAAUGUUUCCGGUAUAACAUGUGAUUUGUUGUGUAAAAGAGGCCUUUAUCGUACGAGCAGCUAUUCUAUAAAGUCUGUGGACAAUUAGAGGAUUUCAGUUUAGCCAACACAGUAUUCAUUGAGACUUUGGACGAAGAAGAGCAACUAGAAAAUACACAGUAGUAUUCAUUGGGACUCUGGACGAAGAAGAGCAACUAGGAAAUACAAAGUACCCUAGAAACGAAACUAAAACACAGAAAUAACAUGACGACAGCGACCUCUCUCACUACGCCUCAGAAGUUCUCUAUCUCCAAACUUCUCGAGGAAGCCCGCUUAGGUGACAGAAGGCUCAGCUCCCCAAUCCUAGCGCGCUGCAAUAGAUCUUCCCUCAAGUGGCUCCCUGUGGAAUCCACCCUACCAGCUUCGCCGCUGACAUGUACGACUGACAUACGCCUUUACUGUAAAAACCAGCUGUUCUUGCAAAUAAGCGAUGAUGGGAGCGUGUCGGGGACUCGAGAUCAGCUCUGUCCUUAUGCGACGUUAGAAAUUCACACUCUUUCCAAGAACACAGUUCGAAUCUACUCGCCGAAAGUGAAAAAAUACCUUGCAAUUGACAGCAACGGCCGCUUGUGCUCUAAGGUAAAAGCGUCUGAAGAUACAGUUUUACACCACACCCACGAGUUGAACGAUUUCCAUACAUUCGCCUCGCAGAAGUACUACAAAGACUCGGCCCACGACAUGUUCGUCGCGCUGCAAAGAGACGGACAACCGCGAAAGGCUACCACGACAUACAGACUGCACAAGGCUUCGCAAUUCCUAAUUGUAUAGUAAAGGAGUGAUUAGAAUGGGUGCUGACAUUGAAGGGUGCUAAGGGCUUUAAAAGUCCGUGAUAAGAGGGUCCCUACAUCAUCGUCUCCCAACGGUCGAAAACAAUGGAAAGUGCGACGAGCUAGACGUGACUAUCUAUCUGAUACAUCAGUCAGACAAAUCGUCUGAUACAUUUCGGUUGUUUUUCACACGACAACGAGAAAACUCCAUUUACGAUUUAGCGAGGACGGGGACUUGUUGUAAACCAAACUAUGGCAGAACAGGGGCGUGCAUAAAGAAAAACGCAGGAUGGGGUCCAGACUAAAUCACUGACUUCGCUGAACCUUAGCCCCCCUAAAUCCAUCUAGAAAAUAGGGAGUGAAACUCCGCUCUAUUCAUUUGUUAGCCUACGUUUGCUUUGGUAGUUUUCCGGCACGAAAACCCCGAAAAAUGCCCCGCGCAUUUCUCCCCCUGCUCGGGCUUAUAACGAACACUAGAGAGGCGAUAAGUGCACAAGCGCUGUUCAAAUGUUUCCAGAGUUAAAAGCAUAAGCAUCGAUCGCUAGGGUUUUAAUACAAAAUAAAAGCAUUUUUUGUCA